CACACACCAAAAUUAGCCAUGGCAGAGACUAAAUUUCAGCUGAAGCUUCUUGUUGACAAUGAAGCUAAAAAGGUCUUAUUUGCCGAAGCUGGGAAAGAAAUUGCAGAUUUUCUCUGUUAUUUACUUUCUUUGCCUGUCGGCACUAUUGCAAGGCUCUUGGAGAAGAACAUGGUUGGUUGCUUAGGUAACCUUUACGAGAGUAUCAAAGGUCUGAGUGAAACAUAUAUGCAGCCAAACCAAGACAAGAAUUCUCUACUAAAUCCAAAGUCUCCAAUUUCUUCUACUGAAAUACCCCUCUUGUUGUCCGAUCAUGAAUUUGAGAGCCGGAAGUUUUACUUGUGCGAUUCCUGCAGCAAUUCAAGUUUUGGAUGCCGCAGCAAUUCAAGUGUGGCUGUGGCUGAUAAUCCAAAGAUUGUUUGUCCAAGUUGCAAAAGGCAAAUGACCAGGCAGGUUCCUUAUUUAACUGCUAGUAGUAAGUCUGUUGGUGCAAAUACGGCAGCUGUGGGUGAGGGAGGUUUCGUUAAAGGGGUGGUGACAUACAUGAUUAUGGAUAACUUGGUGUUGAAGCCAAUGUCUACAAUAAGUAGCAUCGCCUUGCUAAACAAGUUUAAUGUUAAGGAUGUUCAUUCUCUUGAAGAGAAAGUCAUUGAUUUUGGCAUCAAAGAGGGCGUGAAGUUGCUGAAGACAUCUUUGGAAUGUAAAAAUGUAUUAACAAGUGUUUUUCUCUCAAGUAAUGAGAUCCAAAAAAGCUCUACUUGAUUUCCUAUGAGAAAUCCAAUGUUAUGUCGUUUUACCUUUUCAAGUGUUUCAAAUAUUAAAUAAUAAGAUUCAGUGUGUUUAAUUUAUUA